CUGCAUCCGUCCCAGGUACAAUUUGCCGUGGACCAAGCCCAUGCAGUCAUUGUAGGAUCGCGGAAACAAGAAUUACUACGGAGUAACUCCAAAGGACAACUCCCUCGUCUUUGCCGCCAAAGCUCCGUUCUCCAAUACAUAGCUUCAAGGUGAUACUCAUUUCUUUGAGUCCUACCAUUCUAUACAGUCCCAAGCUCCAGCCCGUUAUUCCUUUGUCUUUUGACCACCCAAAGUCACAGCAUUGCAUGCUGUUGCAGGAACAAAUUAGCUCGACUUGAGCAUCCAUUCGCUGUUCCUCUCUGCAGUCUUCCCCAGUGUCCUGUAACGUCAUGGCGACUCUACGACUACGAAGGCUCCCAGCCCUAAGCUCCUCACUGGCACUCACCAGACGUACGACGCCGCUUCAUGUUCGCACAUACACUGCUCUAAGAUCAAGCUCAACUCCCCGGCAGAGAUCUCUCCUUCCCUCCAAACACAACACUGCGCUCGCGCAAUUCCAGCAGUUCAGCACCUCGCCCACACACUAUGAAACAAUUGUCAAGGUGCCUCAAAUGGCUGAGUCCAUUUCCGAGGGUACCUUGAGCUCCUUUUCGAAACAGGUGGGAGACUAUGUUGAACAAGAUGAGGAAAUCGCCUCAAUUGAGACGGACAAAAUCGAUGUCUCGGUCAAUGCCCCCGAAGCUGGUACCAUUAAAGAGUUCCUGGUCAGCGAAGGCGACACGGUGACUGUUGGCCAAGACCUUGCCAAAAUCGAACCAGGCGAGGGCAGCGGCGGCGCAAAGGAAGCCAAGGAAGAGCCAAAAGAGCCAGCAUCCAAAGACCAACCCACAAGCUCGGAUCCUGAGCCCAAGAAAGAGGAGAAGAAGGAUGACAGUCCUCCUCCAGCGAAGAAGGAAGAGAAGGCCGCACCUCCCAAAGAAGAGAAGAAGCCUGCUCCUCCUAAAGAGGAAAAGAAGGCAAGCUCUGGAGAACAGAAAGUAGGGAUUGAAUCACCAUACGGCAAGGGAAAUAGAAAUGAGAACAGAGUCAAGAUGAAUCGCAUGCGUCUUAGAAUUGCGGAACGGUUGAAGCAAUCUCAGAACACAGCAGCAUCACUAACGACAUUCAACGAAGUGGACAUGACGGCGUUGAUGGAGCUAAGAAAGAAGUUCAAGGACGAGAUUCUCAAGAAGACCGGAGUCAAACUUGGCUUCAUGGGUGCCUUCUCCAAGGCCGCGGUCCUAGCGAUGAAGGAUGUCCCAGCCGCAAACGCCUCCAUUGAGGGACCAGGAGGUGGUGACACGAUUGUUUACCGAGACUACGUCGACAUCAGCGUGGCAGUGGCAACCCCCAAGGGUUUGGUGACGCCAGUGCUACGAAAUGCUGAGAGCUUAGAAUCUUUGGUGGACAUUGAGAAUGGUAUUGCUGAGUUGGGCAAAAAGGCACGCGAUGGAAAGUUGUCCAUUGAGGACAUGGCCGGAGGAACAUUUACCAUCAGCAACGGAGGAGUCUUUGGCUCGUUGUACGGCACUCCGAUCAUCAACCUUCCACAAACCGCUGUUCUUGGCCUGCACGCCAUCAAGGAAAGACCAGUUGCGGUGAAUGGCAAAGUGGAAAUCCGACCAAUGAUGUAUCUCGCUCUCACAUAUGACCACCGUCUACUAGAUGGACGGGAGGCUGUUACGUUCCUGGUCAAGAUCAAGGAAUACAUCGAGGACCCGGCAAAGAUGCUACUGGCAUAAGUAUCUGUGGGCCAAGCAUCAUGAGCCGCGUGCAGGUUGGCGGGUUGUUGGAGCGCCCACCGAGCUGCGGUUCAUUCAAUUUCAAGAGGCAAGGAUGGGUUAUUCAGCGCGGAUGUGGACGGAAGUAUUUAGCUCGUCAGGAAGCCUAGCAUUAUUAUUGUUGAGGGUUGUACAAAAGCAAGACAAAGCAGAUUCAGAUCGAUGACUGACGCGCUUGAAAUUGGUUUGAUCGAGACUUCUCAUGUUGCAAUUACAUAAUGAUGCUCUGUUUUGUGGUGAGGCUUUUCGGAACGAGGCAAGAGUGACGGGUUGUCAAGCCCCUGCGCCGAUGUUGUUCCGUUGAAACUCCGAGAACUCCAGGAAUGCUUAGACGACCACUUAUGAUUUCCUUGUGUUUGUGCCUCUGGAUAAUUCAUCUAACAAUAAUGCAAAGACCAUCUACGGUCAAUUACGUUGGUGAGGA